CCAGUGCGCGCGCAAGCUGACAAACCAAAGUUCGUCUCUCUCUCGGAAAUACUACACAGGAGCGCGCGGGGAGCGCUUUGCUUUUGCAAACACCAGCAGAACACCCUCAAACGCUUGAUCUCUGAAAGCGAGCACCGCGAUCCAGUGGAUUUGCAGGUACCUUGUUGGAACGUAUUUUGGGGAGGCGAGACGCUCAGCCGCACCAAUUCUCUGAGAUCGUCCAUCUACUGUCUUCGCAUGAAUCUACUAGACCCCUACCUGAAAAUGACAGAGGAGCAAGAGAAGUGUCUGUCUGAUGCCCCAAGUCCGAGCAUGUCCGAGGACUCCGCGGGCUCCCCGGGCUCCGGCUCGGGCUCCGACACCGAGAACACGCGCCUCGCGGCUCCGGACGCGACGCUCGGCGAGUUCAAGAAGGACGAAGAAGACAAGUUCCCGGUGUGCAUCCGAGAGGCGGUGUCUCAGGUGCUGAAGGGGUACGACUGGACGCUGGUGCCCAUGCCGGUGAGAGUGAACGGCUCGAGUAAAAACAAGCCUCACGUGAAGAGACCGAUGAACGCGUUUAUGGUGUGGGCGCAAGCGGCGCGCAGGAAGCUCGCGGAUCAGUAUCCGCACCUCCACAACGCCGAGCUCAGCAAAACUCUGGGCAAACUUUGGAGAUUGCUGAACGAGGGUGAAAAGCGUCCCUUCGUGGAGGAGGCUGAACGCCUCAGGGUUCAGCACAAAAAAGAUCACCCUGACUACAAGUAUCAGCCCAGGCGAAGGAAGUCUGUGAAGAACGGCCAGAGCGAGUCUGAGGACGGCAGCGAGCAGACUCACAUCUCCCCGAACGCCCUCUUCAAAGCCCUCCAGCAAGCCGACUCGCCCGCCUCCAGCAUGGGAGAGGUGCACUCGCCCAGCGAGCACUCAGGCCAGUCCCAAGGGCCGCCCACUCCCCCCACCACUCCGAAAACUGACGCUCAGCAAGGCAAAGUGGAUCUGAAGCGAGAGGCCCGUCCACUUCAGGAAAGCACGGGGCGUCCGCUCAACAUCGACUUCCGCGACGUGGACAUAGGCGAGCUCAGCAGCGACGUCAUCGAAACGUUCGACGUCAACGAGUUUGAUCAGUACCUGCCGCCGAAUGGGCAUGCCACCAAUGCAUCCUACUAUGCCACCUGGAUGGGGAAGCCUCAAAACGGCAGCCCUGGAGAGCAAGAGCAACCGAGAACGACGCACAUCAAAACCGAGCAGCUCAGCCCCAGCCACUACAACGAUCAGGGUUCUCCGCAACAAGCCAGCUACGGCUCCUUCAAUGUCCAGCACCUCCAGCACUACAGCACCUCAUUUCCAUCCAUAACCCGGGCGCAGUACGACUACUCCGACCACCAGGGCGGCGCCAACUCCUAUUACACCCAUGCUGGAGGUCAGAGCUCGGGCUUGUACUCCACCUUCAGCUACAUGAGCCCCAGCCAGAGGCCCAUGUACACACCCAUCGCUGACUCUGCCGGGGUUCCUUCCAUUCCCCAACCCAACCACAGCCCUCAGCAUUGGGACCAGCAGCCGGUCUACACACAGCUGUCCAGACCCUGAGCAGAUACCACAUCAUUCCCCCGUGCACUUUCAUUAUGUGCGCUGUUUUCAUGCAUUAACUCCUAAACGUGAUUCUUCUUAAGGUAAACUUGAGGUGUGUGCUCAACUGUGCUAUUUUGGGACACC